AUGGGUUCAACAAAGUUUGGAAACUUUAAUGAGUUUUGCCGGGACUCGACUCUACCCGUCUGCAAUAUCUUGUCGGAGACCAACAAUCAAACCGGGCCAUGGCUCGGUUGCGAAUUGACAGGCAUCCCGCUCUCUAACGGGCAACACUUGGGCAACCUCGGGUCCAUAAUACUAUGUGGCGUUGCGAUCGUCGUGACCGCCGGGCUCCUGCUUCGGUCGGAAAGGAAGCGAGCAGCUGUUGGGCGAAGGGAAAUGCAAGCGUUCCUUUUGGGGUAUUUGCUCAUCUCGAUAUGUGAGAUCUUUUCCGUGGGAGCCUUUCCGCUGAACGACAAUGUGCGAGUGGCCUUCAGUGCUAUCCACAUUGGCGCCAUCGCGGCAACCACAUGGACCCUUUUCCUCAAUGGCAUCGUCGGUUACCAGUUGAUGGACGACGGCACGCCGCUCUCGCUCGGUCUUCUCGUCGCUUCCUCGCUCGCCUUCCUGAUCGGCGUCGGCUACGUCGCCCUCGAUGCCGGCCUCUCUUUCACCCACUACUGGGACAGCAGCUACGAAGGCACCAACAGGAGCUAUGCGCUCUACGUGCUGUACCUGCUUCUGCCGUUAGUGUGGAUUGUGGUCUACUUUGCGCUCGAGACGGUCCUCGUCAUCCGCAUUCUCGGCGAGACCCGCCCGAUGUUGUUCCUCGUCGCCGCCGCGGUCACCUUCGCCGUCGGCCAGGUGUUCGACUUCGUCGUCAGCCCGUACAUCUGCAACGGCACCAGGGGGGCCAUCGACGGCGCCCUGUUUGAGACCUUGUUCACGCUUGUGUCUGUGGUUCUGGUUUGGCUCUUUUGGUCCAGCAUCACUGAGGACGACUGGCCGAUCGAUGCCGCUCAGCCGUACCCGUAA